AUGCAGGUUCUUCUCCCAUACUGUCGUUGCUGGAAAGGAAUAGAUAUAUGGGAGUGCGCGGAGCACUGCUGCAGCGACCCCUUCCUCCUCUGGGCUGAGGAAACUCUCUGCACAAGCACUGACACCGCGCCAGCACUCCAGGGGUUGGGGCUGCCUCGAGUAAAUCAGUAUGUCACGGCGAUGAUUGUUUUGCUAGGUGCAGAUGCAGUAGUCUGGGAGAGGCAAGCUGAUGUGUUCACGGACGCAUAUCUCCGCACCCUCAUUGCCGCAACUGUCCUGCCAUCUUCACCGGAAUUUUUCGUGGAAUUGACAAGUAGCAUCCGAAAUGGUGUCAUUCGAGGUGAUCGCUUGUACCACGAAGACUUGCGUCUUUUGCUGGAGACGUUGCGGAGAUACGUUACCCUCGACGUGGAUGAGGGACGUGUGCAUGCGGUGCUCUCCGCCACCGAUGUCCUGUUGAACACCGCAUGCCCAGUGGGCGGUGACAACGAAACUAUGCGCGGAGUUGAGGCGGCUUGCCAGUGGUUCGAGCUUCUGGAGCUCGAGUACGAUUACCGCGCGGUGCUUGUGCGUGGUGCUGUUGAUGGCGAGGUGCUGCGCUCCGGUCUCAGACUGUGUGACGUGCAGCAGAUGGGUAUCUGCUGCGAGCGUGAUGCCGCCGCGUUGGUACGGGUGUUGAAUGCUCAUCCGCAGGGGAGACGGGUUCCGGGCAGUUAG